AUGUUGACAGUCAAAGAAAAUUUUGACAGAAAGUUCUCAAAACUCGAAGAAGGUAAAGCAUACAAACUUGUUAUACCUUAUGAACCAAAGAAAGCAGACGACUAUGAAUAUUAUGAGUCUAAGAUAGUUGAAGUUCAAGGUAAAUUGGGUAAAAAGAUUUUAGAGUCUAAGCCAGUGUUUACUCCUAAAGAGGAAGAGAACAUUGACAUUGACCCAGAAAUGUUCUAA